UAUUUAAUACUAAUAUUAGAUUAAAUCAUCUUCUCUUUUUUAAUCAUAUGGCAAAUAAUGCAUUGCCUCAAAAUGUAGAUAUUUUGAUUAUAGGGACAGGCUUGAAUGAAUCUAUAUUGUCAGCGGCAUUAUCUUGCAUGGGAUUCAAAAUAUUGCAUAUUGAUAGCAAUUCUUUUUAUGGGGGACUUAAUGCAUCAUUUUCAUUUCAGCAUUUGAUAGACAUAAUAGAAAAUAAAAAAAUAGUUUCAGAUUUUGAAGAUAACUCAAAUUCAAUUUUAUUAGAAGAAUCAUUAAAUUAUCAAAAUUUCCUAGACCAAGGUGAAAUAUUUCACAAAUUAGGUGAAAAUAUUUUGGAUCUAUCUGACAUUGAAUUUGUCUUAAAUCAAAAAGAUGAUUAUGGCAUGAGAGAUAAUGUUCUUUCUCUAGAAGUAGCAGAAAAAAAUAAUGAUGGUAGCACAAACAUUGAUAUGAAUGUUAAAACAAUAGACAUCAAACAUAUGCUGAAAUUGAGCAGGUCCUUCAACAUUGACCUAUGCCCAAAAUUACUAAUGGCAGGCAGUUCAAUGUUUAAACUAUUACUUAGUUCAAAUACUUCAAAAUAUUUGGAGUUUCAGAGAGUGAAUCUAUUGAUGACAAUGUACCAAGGUAAAUUAGUCCAGGUUCCCUGUAACAGAUCUCAAAUAUUUAGAAGCGAUAAACUGUCCAUCGUAGAAAAACGUUCUCUCAUGAAACUAAUUUCCUUCGUUUUAAACUGUGAUCAUUAUGAAAUCGAAAAGACAGAUGAUUCAACUACAUUCAUGACCUACCUUCAAAACCCCCCUUACAGCAUGACACCACGAUUGAUACAUUUCCUAACUUCCGCUAUAACCUUUACUUCUUCAGACGAAUCACCGUUGGAAGGCGUUAAAGCUUUGAAACGUUUCUGCUCAAGCCUUGAACUAGUCAAAAAUUUAACGUAUACAACAGGUCAUAAUGUGAUGGAUGAUAAAUCCAACGAUCCAAAUAAAAUUUUAGAAGAUACUAAUACCGAAAUGGAGAUUUUACCCUAUUUGUUUCCCGUAUUUGGUAGUGGCGAAUUACCUCAAGCAUUUUGCAGACUCUCAGCUGUUUACGGGAGUAGUGGCCAAAACGAUAGGGUCACCUUCGUGCUCAAUACUCGCAUAGAUGGAUUGAUACUCAAAAAACGUCCUCCCGACGAGGAUACUGCUAUUAAUAAUCAAAUUCCUUCGUCUUCUCAGUCGGAAGCACCACUUUCUUCGAAUUCUCUCGCCAAAAAUUAUGAAUGCACUUCAGCUAUUAUCAAUGGGCAAAAGACGAAAUUUAAACACGUAAUUAUAGAACAAAAAUACCGAAAAGAUAUUCUUCGCUCACCUAUUUUCGGGGAGCAGGAAUUCGAUUUUUCACCCCAGCAAAGAUAUCCACGCGCUAUUUUUCUCAUCGAUUAUUCGUUAUGCGACUCUUCGCAUUGCGAUAAAGAUUUUGGGACCUCUAAGAUUUCUUUCUUACACUCUUUUCAAAAUUUUUCUGACAUUGAUGAACCAAAUGGAAAUCAACAAAGCACCGAAUCCUUUCAACUUUUAGAACUAAGUCACGUGUCAUAUUGCGUUCCGAUUGGCUAUUAUUUGUAUCACGUUACCUCUUCUUCUCCCUUGAUUGACCAGAAGGGAGAAACUCCUUCUAAAAAAAGUCCUCGAGAAGUACUGGAACCUUUUAUAAAAUCAGUCAUCCAUUCUUCGCAUCUUAACGAUUCUCAAAAUAUGAAGACUUCGAAUCCAUUAUGGACUCUUUACUUUUCCCUUCCCUGUCCAUUUUCUAGCUCGAUAUCGCGGCCAUCUUCAAUCAUUAGCAAUCUGACCUUCGUUUCAGCUCCUGAUAACUAUGUCACGGCGCUCUAUUCCGAUCAAUCGAUCGCCCAAAACCGGCAUAUUUUUGAGUGCUUAACCGAUCAGCUGGUAUCCACCAAUCAACCGACAGGCAUUGAUCAAGUUUCAGCGUUUACCAAUGAUAGGAAUAUUUUCCGAUACGAUAUAUCUAAAUCAUCUUUGCAUUUCGGCAAAGGGGAAAUUUAACGUUUCUCACUUACUCCUAUUUAUUAUAUUUUGGAUUAUAUUGUCACUUGAAUAAUGUUAAAAAACAUUUACUCUGGCCAAUAUUUUUUUUGAUAUUAAUUUCUUGCCUAAAUUAUAUGUAUGUGAUAAAACAACUAUUACGCGAUAAAUAAAA